CUCUUCUGCAGAAGAAAUAUUUUCUUCGAAUUUCCGGUGCGGGAAAAUUGAGAAAUUCGGCGUGAACAGGAGGAAGCUAUGGAUACUGCUGAAUCCGUCUCAAAGGGAUGCUUUGCUUACAAAGGAAAGAAGAAGGUGGCAAAUCCAGCUGCCUAUUUCACCAAGAAGGAUGUGGGAUGUGAGGCCCGACUGGAAGCAUACCAGUCCCUGUGGGAGAUAGUGGACACCGAUAUAAAGAUCAUGCAGUCAGACCUCAAUAGUCAGAUCUUUGAGGAGCUGUUGGCCUUUGCAGCUUCCAGCCAUAGCCCACGCAGUAAUGAUGAAGAGGAAGGGGGACAACUCCGCAAGGCUAUUCAGGAGAUUCCAACAGCAGCUCUAAUCACAGGUGUCAACACUCCAGACCACGCAGUUAUGUUCUCCAACCUUGUGCAGCUGUUGAAGGAAAGAGUUAGCUCCCUUGUUGCAACUCUCCGUGCUAAGGACUGCCCGAACCUGAAGACAACCCUGUCCAAGAUGAUCUCCCAGCUGACCUCAAACCCUGACCUGAUACUAGAUGAUGAUGAUGAUGAUCCUGCCGCCCCGAGACGGAAGCAGGCAGCGUGUACUGUGUCCACCCUGUGCCAGUGGUAUAACAGCAAGUUCAGAUCAUCUAGUUCUUCUCCAAAGAAGCGGCGUUCUGGGGGUGGAGCUAUAGAGACAACCAUGUCACUGCCCCCUCUAGUGGUUGUCUUGGAGGAUAUGGAGAGUUUCCUGCCCCUUGUGCUACAAGAUGUCAUCAGUAUCUGCAGCAACUACAUUCACGAGCUGCCUCUGGUGUUGGUGUUCGGAAUUGCCACGUCUGUGACGGCUGUCCACCGCCUGCUCCCCAACUCUGUCUCCUCGCUUCUGUGUAUGGAGAAGUUCCAGGCCCCGCCCUCCUCCGAAUACCUCACCCAGGUCAUCAACAAGGUGCUGAUGACAGCAACGUUUCCCUUCAAACUUGGGCCCAAAGUGUUCCAGCUGCUUCUUGACAUCUUCCUGUACCACGACUUCUCCGUCCUCAACUUUAUCAAGGGGCUCCAGUUCUGCAUGUUGGAGCAUUUCUACACCCAGCCCUUGAGUCACUUGUGCUGCCACCUGGUGGAUGUAGACAGCGCUGUGUCCAGUCUCAGCCACAAGGAACUGGACAGACUCCGACAGGUACCCUCCUUCACCAGGUACAUGGAGGAGAGCUGUUCCUCGGAAGACCAGUCCAGACUCCAGGAUGAUGACAAGUUCUUGAAGGAACGAGUGCAGGAUCUACUUGUUGGUCUCCAUGACUACCACAUUGCCUUCUUCCCCAUCCUACAGUGCCUGAAUGUGUGGGGGUCCGUUCUUCCCAGAUACCCUCUUGGCAAGCAGCUGCGGGAGCUGUACGCCACCAGCCUCGAGUCUGAUGUGUGUGACAGUGAGGCUUACAAGGAGGCCAUGACACUCUUCAGGAUGUUGUCGAAGGAUGAGUUGUCAAGCCUGGUCAUGUUGUGUGUGGAGCGGACCAUGUCGCUGGAUCUUCCUCCGGAGCUGGAUCAGCUGCCGGACCAACUCAGUGAACUCCUGGUUCUUCUGGAGAAGGAAGAAGAGGAAGCUCCAGAGGCAGAGCCGGCUGAGAAGAAUGAAGUCCAAUUCACAAAGACAGAUCUGCACACUCUCCGCAAGACUUUAAAGGAAAUGGGGAAGAAAAGAAGAUUUUCACCAUUUGAACAACAGAGAGAAGCAGUUGUUGACUUCUUUGAUGCACUGUUUAGGAAGUACUUAAAAUGCCCAAGCAGUCAGCCUCUACAUGAACUGGUCUACCACAGCUCGGUGUCCGGUGUCCGGCGACACAUCAACGCAUCACCACGCCUUGCUAUACAGAAGGCACUCAGUAACCCAGCCAAGUACCUCCAGUGUGAGUGCUGUGAAGGAGAGCAUGGGGCAAUCACGCCCUCGAUGCCGGAUCUCUGUGUUGUGUAUAAACUGCACCUGGAGUGUCCUCAACUCAUCAAUCUGUAUGACUGGCUUCAGGCUUUCAUCACAGUGGUAACAGAAGAUGGGAAGAAGAGGACAAAGGAUGAGGACAGUCUAUUGCAGGCUCGAUUUAUUCGUUCAGUCUCAGAGCUGCAAUUCCUGGGCUUCAUCAAACCAACCAAGAGAAAGACAGAUCAUGUGGCAAGACUCACCUGGGGAGGCUGCUGAUACAGUGUAACAGUUGCUAAAGUGUGUAACAGUUGCUACAAUGUGUAACAGUGGAUACAGUGUGUAACAGUCGAUACAGUUUGUAACAUUGAAUACUGUUGGUAACAUUGGCAGUCAUGGGCAACAGUGUGUAACAGUCGCUACAAUGUGUAACAGUCACUACAGUGUGUAAAACAGUCACUACAGUGUGUAACAGUCACUACAGUGUGUAACAGGUGACACUGGGUAACAAUCGAUACAGUGGGUAGCUGGAUACAGUUAACUGUAACAUUGGAUACAGUGUAUAAGUCUAUACCACUGAUACAAUGGGUAAGAGUACAUACAACAUGUAAUAGUUGGUACAAUAUCGAAUAGUUGAUACUGUGUUGAACCAUCAAUACAAUGUGAAACCACUGAUACUGUUAACAGUCAAUACAUUGUGGAACAUUCAUUAUAAUGUGAACAGUUGAUACAAUGCAAUUGUAACUAAACGGAGCAGUUGAAACACGCAAUACAAGCAGUUGAUACAAGCAAUACAAGCAGUUGAUACAAGCAAUGCAAAGCAGUUGAUACAAGCAAUACAAACAGUUGAUACAAGCAGUUGGUACAAGCAAUAAGAAGCAGUUGAUACAAGCAAUACAAACAGUUGAUACAAGCAAUACAAACAGUUGAUACAAGCAAUACAAACAGUUGAUACAAGCAAUAAAAGCAGUUGAUACAAGCAAUACAAGCAGUUGAUACAGGCAAUACAAGCAGUUGAUACAAGUUAUACAAUCUGUUGGUACAAACAAUACAAUCAGUUGAUACAAGCAAUACAAGCAGUUGAUACGGGCAAUACAAGCAGUUUAUAUAAGCAAUACAAAACAGUUGAUACAAGCAAUACAAAGUAGUUCAUUCAAGCAACACAAAGCAAUUGAUACAAGCAAUACAAACAGUUCAUACAAGCAAUAAAAGCAGUUGAUACAAGUUAUACGAUAAGUUGGUACAAACAAUCCAAUCAGUUGAUACAAGCAAUAAAAGCAACGAAGAAAAAAAUAAACGGAGCAGUUGAAACACGCAAUACAAGCAGUUGAUACAAGCAAUACAAGCAGUUGAUACAAGCAAUGCAAAGCAGUUGAUACAAGCAAUAAAAGCAGUUGAUAUAAGCAAUACAAAGCCGUUGAUACAAGCAAUACAAAGCUGUUCAUUCAAGCAAUAAAAGCAGUUUAUACAAGGUAUAUAAGUCAGUCGGUAAGCAGUUUAUAUAAGCAAUGCAAAACAGUUGAUACAAGCAAUGCAAGCAGUUGAUACAAGCAAUACAAUCAGCUAAUACAAACAAUACAAAGCAGUUGAUACAAGUUAUACGAUAAGUUGGUACAAACAAUCCAAUCAGUUGAUACAAGCAAUAAAAGCAACGAAGAAAAAAAUAAACGGAGCAGUUGAAACACGCAAUACAAGCAGUUGAUACAAGCAAUACAAGCAGUUGAUACAAGCAAUGCAAAGCAGUUGAUACAAGCAAUAAAAGCAGUUGAUAUAAGCAAUACAAAGCCGUUGAUACAAGCAAUACAAAGCUGUUCAUUCAAGCAAUAAAAGCAGUUUAUACAAGGUAUAUAAGUCAGUCGGUAAGCAGUUUAUAUAAGCAAUGCAAAACAGUUGAUACAAGCAAUGCAAGCAGUUGAUACAAGCAAUACAAUCAGCUAAUACAAACAAUACAAAGCAGUUGAUACAAGCCAUACAAUCAGUUAAUACAAACAAUACAAAGCAGUUUAUACAAGGUAUAUAAGUCACUCGGUAAGCAGUUUAUAUAAGCAAUGCAAGACAGUUGAUACAAGCAAAGCACAGCAGUUGACAUGUGAGGGUAGAAGUAUACAAAACACUGACACAUGUUCAACAUGGCAGUUGAGUGAGAAGUGCAGAUGGUGUUGUGAGGCAGUGUGAGGGAGAGCAACCUGUCUGGUUUGUCUGGUAAUAUGUACAGCAAAGUGAUUGAAGCGUUGGCUGGCCAACAAAAGGGAAAUAACUCUGUUGGGUCUGGUACGACAGACACCUGUUGACUUCCUCCUAUCAACUGAGCCAGAUGUACCUGCAAUAAAUAUUAUUUCAGAA